UGCAGCUGCCAGCCUUCCCCAACAAGGAUCGUCUUGCGCAGGUGCCGUUCAUCCCCACCGACGCCUGUUCAGCAACGUCCCCGGCGGCAGAUCGACGGCGCCGCCAGCCUACAUCCGUUACCAUGUCUGACUCUUGGCAAUUGUGACGGAGCUGAAACCGAUGACCCAGUUAGCGCCGAACCCAGACAAGUCAUUGUAUGGCAAUGAAGCCCAAGCGCCACCGUCACCCACAUCCUGAAUUUCAAUUAAGCGUGCAGUACAAGUCAUUUAGACAUUUUAUGAAUUCAAGAAGUGGUUGGUUACAGAAAUUUGAUUUGGUGGUAUGCUACAGCUUCCCACGCUCAGAAAUUGGAUUUUGGUGUUAUGCUACAGCUUCCCAUGCUCCAGAAACUGGACUUCAAAUUCAGUGCAUGGACAAUGAGCAAGGUCAGCGUCACACGUCGUACAAUCGUACUGUCAGAGAUGAAAAUUCUCAAGUUUUGGGCUAAGGAUGUGCACAAGGUUUUUGGGAUACCGUGCAGGCCAAAUGAUAAGGGCCGUGAUGGCUUCAUCAAGCCUGAAGCAACCCAGUUCAUAAAGAGUACACUUGGGGUGGACAAGACAGGGGUGCAUAGUCUUCUGGCGGCCAAGGAAUUCCUUUUAGAAUAUUUCUGAGUCAUCAAGCAAGCUUGCAAAGAACUGGGCUCAUGUGUGGCACCAACCACAAAACAUGAUUACGCGACCAUAGACUACUGGGGAGCACUUGCUAGCACAGAGACGGUAUCACAGUUUAACUGGUGUGAGCAUGUACUUGAAUGCCUUCUCGAGGCAGUUCGACGCCUCAAAAAGGAUGUGUUGGCCAACAACCCCAACACUAAUUUAGUGGGAUGUCACCUGUUCCUGCAGGUAUUCUUCCUUGACAACAUCGACCUAGGAAUGUUCAACAAGUCCCACGAUGUCCUCCCUCGGAUCAGUCUUUUUGACCAGAUCAGCGUUAGAAGGAUGAUAAAUAUGGCAGCAGUCAUGGGGACCAGUGUGGCAUCAUACUCCAAUAGCAAGCUUCGACCUGCAUUAGAUGUGUGCUAUGCGCGGCGCAACUACCCAGAUUGUUUGGAGAGUAUAACUAAUCAACAAGUGAAGGCUGCCAGUCAAGACCAUAGCCGCGUGCAACAAACAGACGAAAGGGCAGAUGCAGGGCAUGGAUCAUCAUUAUCAAUAGGGCACUUACUGGAUGUGGAGACACCACUCCGUGCGAUCGGACCACUUGACUUUUCACAAUAUCUCCGUAGCCGAUAUCCAAAUUUGGUUACAAACGAGAUAACUAUUCUUCUGAAGGAGCAGAAUGCUAGUUGCCAGCGUCAAAUCAACACCACGCGGGUUAACAUGCAUGCUGACAUGUUCAAGUUUACCCAAGAACUCAUGACAACAGUUGGCAAUAGGUGCACAUGCUGCUCCGCCAGAGGAUUCAACGAUUGCCCAGCAAGAGCCAACGAAAUCCGCAGAGGUAAGUGCACUCACACUAGUAUUUUGGCUAUGCAACCCACAAGUACUGAUCCCAAGUUUGUUAAAGAGAAAACAAAAGAAGUCUCUCAUGGGCAUGCAAAGUUGACACCUAUAAAAAAAGAGAUCGACGGGGCAGAACACCUGAUCACCAGCAGAAGAGGCAGCACAGUGAGGAUGAUCUGAUAUCAAGCAUUGCACCUAAAAUAACUGUCUUGCUAAACAGACCCUCCAUGCAAUAAGUGAGAUGUUCAUCGACCUCCCAAAUGAUGGAAGCACUACUGUCUUUGGCGAUUGGCGAGACGAACUACCUGGACGGAAAUAUGUCUUCAGGGUUGGGUUCUGGUAGCCUUCAGUUUCUGAACUUUUAAUACAGCUUUUCAGUUCUGCAGGUGUAGCAACUUGUCAAUGCAAAACCGAGUAGACCAUCAACUAUUUUUUGUUGAAACAACACUAUCAUAGACCAUGGAAUAAUCCAGUGAUAGCCUUCCUUUUGAGAGACA